GAUAUAUUGUGGGAAAAAAUAAAGUUUGAUGAGUUGAAAUAAAGUUAUCUCCGUUUUGGAGGUAUUGUUUUUUGGCGGAGAGCGCACAGAGCGAAUUGAAACAGCAGAGAAAAGGCUUGAAGAGACACAUAUACUAUUUUUUUUCUGGACGUGUUUCCCUGUGAGCCCAAAGUUUUUGUAUGAGUUGAGUCCUGUUCACGGAUUAAAGGGAGAGGCGAAGGGAAAGGCCUCAAAGCCUCGGUGCGGAGUUAUAAGUCAUGGCCGGGAAUUUUGACGCCGAGGACCGCGCUAGCUGGUUUUGGGGACGAUUGAGCCGACAAGAAGCCGUGUCCCUUUUGCAGGGUCAGAGGCAUGGGGUGUUUUUAGUUAGAGACUCCAUUACCAGCCCGGGAGACUAUGUGUUGUCUGUUUCAGAAAACUCAAAAGUCUCCCAUUAUAUAAUCAACAGCGCUUCACUCUCUCUGUCCCUCAUCCCCUCUCCACCCACAGGUGUGGCCUCCCCUCGCUUUCGGAUCGGGGACCAGGAGUUUGAUGGGCUGCCUGCCCUCCUGGAGUUCUACAAGAUCCAUUACUUGGACACCACCACGCUCAUCGAACCCACCAGCAGGGCGAAACACGCCGGCUUCGUCAGCUCUGCCGCCGCGGGCGCCCCCCAGAGGCCAGAGGAGGCGGAGUAUGUCCGCGCCCUUUUCGAUUUCCCCGGAAACGACGAGGAGGACUUGCCCUUCCGCAAAGGCGACAUACUGCGCGUGCUGGAGAAGCCAGAGGAGCAGUGGUGGAACGCGGCCAAUCAGGAGGGCCGAGCGGGCAUGAUCCCUGUGCCCUACGUGGAGAGGUACCGCCCGGCCUCGCCCACCUCGGGUGGAGGAGGGGCGCCCACGGGGCAGGCUGGGGUGGGUAGCCCCGGCAUGGGCGCUCCGGACGGCACGGGCGCCCAGCCGCCCACCCCGCUGGAUUACGCCCAGCCCGUGGUGAACACGCCCCUGCCCAACCUGCAGAACGGCCCAGUGUAUGCACGGGCCAUUCAGAAGAGGGUGCCCAACGCCUACGAUAAGACUGCCCUAGCCUUGGAGGUUGGAGACAUGGUCAAGGUGACAAAGAUCAACGUGAACGGCCAGUGGGAAGGAGAGUGUAAGGGCAAAAAAGGCCAUUUCCCCUUCACACACGUCCGUCUGCUAGACCAGCAGCACCCUGACGACGAGAGCUGAGAGACAGAUCCACACGAACACACACACACAGACACACACACACACACACACAGACACAGAACCCUUACGCACUGCAGCUUGCCACUCUAAAAUAUGAAUGUUAGAUUCGCUGCCCUCUGUGUUCCAGUUUGCUGGCGCUGAUAUGUAGAUCACUGUGGGUCUGUCGCCAUAUCAGUAUUCAACUGCUCAAACACACGUACACACACACACACACUCAAACUCACACUCACUCACUUACGUAUGCACACUGACGUAGCUAUAGCUGUAGAGUUUACGCGCCUUCCUCUGCAGAAAGAAGAGGACUGCACACAGACACACACACACACUCUCUCUCUCACACACAGACACUCACACACAGGAUUGCCACUUUGGUGUUGUCUCUCACAAACUGAUGGACGUUUUUGGAUUGCUGUGCCAGGGGUGCUUGGUAGAGAGCGCUCUCACUGCUUUCACUGAUUGGCUGCUGCCUGACAGAGAGACAGACGGCGGCCGCCUUUCCCAGGACAGACUAGACUGAGGCCCGUGCAGUGCUUCACACUGCUGGAUACCACGCCCCCUGGUGGCCAAUUCACACUACAAGCCACUUACCAA